AAUGUAUAUGCGUGUCUAUGUGUGCGCGCGUGCGUGUUUGUGCGCGCGCGCGCGCGUGUGUUUGUGUGUGUUGCCUCUCCUCUGCUACAUCUUCAUUUCUUCCUUUACUCCUUUUUCUCCUUCUCUCUUUCGUUCCGUCUCUCCUUCUCUUUUCUCUCCGACAAUUCGGUUCGCGGCUUCUCGACAUCCGCACAAGAUAACCAUUAUUUUUGCAGAUUGACAAACAUUACGGAAUGGCGUCUUACUGUAUCAGAGAUGGAACCGAAGAAGAUUUGCCGGAGCUACAUCGUCUCAUGCAGGAAAUAGCUGAUAAUGAAGAUUCAGAGAAGUGCGCCCCGCCUCCUAUUGAAACUUUGAAGGAAUAUGGUUUUGGUGAACAUCGAUAUUUUUAUUUCAUUGUAGUUGAAGACACAUCUGAUAAAGAUGGUCCAUUACAUCUAACUGGAUUUCUCCUCUAUUCUCAUGCAUUCUCUACUGAGACUGGACCAAUUCUGAAUCUACGCUAUGUGUAUAUAACACCAUCUUACAGGAAAAAGGGAUCAGCAAAAGAAAUGUGGAAGUACUUCCUAAAGCUGGCAAUCAAGGGAAAUUUCGGCAGAGUUCAGUGGAUAGCAAAAGGAUCUGAUUCUCUGGUCCUGCGAUACUCCCAGAACUAUGGAUUGAGUAAUAUUAUCAAACGUGAAGGCUGGUACUUGUUUAAUAUGAGCAAGUCAAAGAUUACAGCUAUGAAAUAAUAGACGUGCUUCCUAUGUGCUUUCAACAAGAUCCUAAUCAGUAUUUCAAUCACCAAAUUACCAAAACUUACCGAUUACCGAUUUUUACCUCUAUAAUUUAAGAAGAUCAUGUAGAAAUAUACACACACACGGAAACACUUACAAACCUGCACAUAAAUGCAGACACAAAAUAAUUUACACAAUACACACGCACACAAAUACACACACAAACACACACACAUGCACAAAAAUGUAUACCAAUAUAUACCCACAAAUAUAUACAUACACACUCAAACAUAUAUGUACAUGCUUUUGCAGAAAUUCACGCACAAGAGUACGCAGAUACAUAAUUUCACAGACACACAGACACACACACACACACACACAGACACACACACACACACACACACACACACACACAAAGACACACACACUCACUCACACACAUGCAUAUAAAUACAUAUGUACACUGAUGUGGACACAUUUAGACAUUCAGACAUAGAUGUAUGUGUAUGUAUACUCAUGCACAUAUGUAUUUGCAUGUGUAUAUAUGUAUGUAGGUGUAUGCACUAUUAAAAAUUUGAGUAUAUAGGAUAUUCAUUUGUGUGCGUAUAUGCACUUGUGUGUAUGUGUAUGAUUGUGUAACUACAUAUAUGAGUGUAUGUAUGUUCUGUUAAACGUUCUAUGUGUUCUAUGAAUACAUAGAGUAUACAUAAUUGUAGUGUAUAUACAUAUACAUAUGUGUGCAUGUGUAUGAGUAUAUGUGUGUGUAUGUUUGUGUACAUCCUAUCAAAUAUAUAACUAUAUAGCAUGUUUAAUAGUUUACUGCCCAAUAGAUGUCACACCACACAAAUUGGUAUUUUCCACUUUUACACAUACACACACAAACAUAUA